AUGGCUUCUUUUUCAGCUAGUCUUGCCUUCUUUGCCAUCUCCAUGCUUCUGCUUUCCUCAGUUGCUUUGGCUACUGAUUUUGUUGUGGGUGAUGACAAGGGUUGGACUCUUGAUUUUAACUACACUGUUUGGGCACAAGACAAGGUUUUCCGUGUCGGUGACAACCUUUUGUUCAACUAUGAAAAAUCGAAGCACAACGUGGUGAAAGUGAACCAAACAGAGUUCCACGAUUGCAGUUUCACGGCAGCGAACGAUGUAUACCAAAGCGGAAAGGACGGCAUCACGCUGAAAUCAGAAGGGAGGAAGUGGUACAUUUGCAGCAAAGGCAACCACUGCAGCAAUCAUCAAAUGAAGCUCGUAAUCAACGUCGAGUCUGCAGCUCCGACACCGGCUCCCACUUCCUCCGCUCCUUCUCUCGUCGCUUCUCUCUCUGCUGGGGCCCUCAUCGUUGCCGGAGCAGCAAUCCUUGCCUGA